UCUCUCUCUUUCUUUUUCUUCUUUCUCUAUAUACUGUAGUCUAUUAAAUGGUCUAAGAAAUAGAAUUGUUGUCUCUUUAUCUAAGAGGAUAUUGCUAUAUAAAUAGAGAGAGUCAGAGGUUUCUAGGAAGAGAGGAGAAAGUAUAGUAGACGAUCAUAAUAAGAUGAUGAUGAGUAGUGGAAGCAGUAGUAGUAGCAGCAGCAGCAGCAAUGGAGGUAAUGGGCCAUGUGGUGCAUGCAAAUUUUUAAGAAGGAAAUGCGUAAAGGGGUGUAUUUUUGCACCAUAUUUUGAUUCCGAACAAGGUUCAACACAUUUUGCUGCAGUUCAUAAGAUAUUUGGUGCAAGUAAUGUUUCAAAGCUUUUGUUACGUUUGCCUGCUCAUAAACGUGUUGAUGCUGUUGUUACUAUCUGUUACGAAGCUUUAUCUCGAAUUCGUGAUCCUGUUUAUGGUUGUGUUGGUCAUAUCUUUGCUCUUCAACAACAGGUGGUGAACUUGCAGGCAGAGUUGGCAUUUGUUCAAGCACACCUCUCAACACUAGAGCUCACAUCUCAUCAGCAGCAUUCCUUGGUCUCUUCACCAACUCCAUCUUCUGCACUGACAACCGUUCAUGCAUCAUCAGACAUGCUUUCAUCUGAAACAUCUAAUAUGUCAACACUGUUUACCUCUUAUCAGUCACAACAUCAGCAGUUGGAUGGGAUUCCGACAAUGUUAGAUACCAGGCGGUAUUGCAGCCCACCAACUAUUGCUGCUCAAAAUCAGCAGCAACAAAACAAUGUCGAAGGCGAUGGAGAUCUUCAAACUCUUGCAAGAGAAUUUCUGUCUAUAUACUUCCCUGAAUCAGCAAAACUUCAGACAUCAAAUGAUUCAAAUUCUUGGUAGUGCUGAAUGAUCUGAUAAAACUAAUGUAGUGAUCAACUUUUGGUGCUUUUAGGCAAUUUAGAUCUUCCUUUAUAGUUCGUUAUUAUUAACCCAUACUAUUUAACUUCUCUGUAAGAUAUCAUCAUGUUG